GCUGUUUCUAGUCUGUUUACUGGCAUAAAGUGUUGUAGCAAUUAGCAUGAGGAUGUAGACUCACAUACAUAAAUACUCAUAUAUGCAGACUUUGUCAAUAAUGAGGGGUCACAUAUAUAUAAAAAGAAACAAUAAACUAAAAAUUAUGCUCCAAAACUUAUAUGUGAAUAUUAUGAAUUCAAAAUCAUGCUCCGAAACCUCUAUGUGAGUACUUAAGUACUUAGAGCAUGGUUUUUAUUAUUGUAGUUAUGACCAUAUAUUAGAUGACAAUGUCAAAGUUCUAAAUAAAGCAUCAACAGUCUUCGAUUCGUCAAAAUGUACGGAGUGGCCAAUCGAACAAACAACUGGUAUAAAUCAGAAAUAAUGGUAUAGAGAGAGUAUAACACGUGGUUACAUUCUUUAAUAAGGCGCGAUUCGCCACUUUUCUCCUCAUUUUCGUUUAAUUUUUUAAUCUUUUCAAGUCCUAAGUCCAAGAGUUUGUGCUCUUGAAAAACAUUCAACUUCACUAGAAAAAAGAGUAGAACUUCAUAAGAAAAUGAGAGGAGAAGUGGCGAAUCAAAAAAGCCUAUUGCUACGAAAAUUCAUUCGAAUAAAAGAACACUUGUCAUAAAUCUAAAGAAUUCAUUAGCUUUUACUGAACCGGUACCUUAUAAGUUCUACAUAAAUCUUAAAGUCCAUCCUUAGAAUAAAAAUAACGUAUUCCCCGUCUUGAACGAAAGUUCACAUGAGGAAUCAAGAAUGCGCCUCAAAACUCUCUAAACUACUCAUUUAAAAAUUUUGUAACUAUGUAAACUUGAUAUUUCGUUAAACAAAUUUCAAAAUAAAUUUUCAUGACAUUUCUUUAGGAAUUAAUCUAUAAAUUUUUCGUACAUAAAAUCACGUAUUUCAUUUCGUCUCCCGAUUUUUAAGUAUUAAUAAGCCAAAAUUCUAAAAUAUGGAUCUAGCUUCGCCGAGUUGUGGUUGUAUGUCAACAACAGAACAUUCACCUGAAUGCCCAACAGGUUUCAUUCGUAAUCCUCAUAUUGCUCGUAUGGAUGAAGAUUUCCUUUAUCAUCUUGGUUUGGGCACGAAAACACACAAUUUGCCAGAAAUGUUCGGCGAUGUGAAGUUCGUCAUCGUAGGUGGCACACCGAAACGUAUGGAAAAUCUUGCCAAAUAUCUGUUAAAUGAAAUAAAACACAAGCUACCCGUUGGCACACAACUGUCUGAUUUAACCGGCGCCGCAGAUCGUUACUCCAUGUACAAAGCAGGACCGAUUAUUUGCGUCAACCAUGGCAUGGGCAAUCCCUCGAUUAGUAUAUUACUGCAUGAACUGAUUAAGCUCGUACAUCAUGCGAAAUGUAAGAACCCGGUUUUCAUACGACUGGGUACUUGUGGUGGUUUAGGUGUGCCGGGUGGCACCGUUGUCAUUUCCGAUGGUGUGCUCAAUGACAAAUUGAAUGGCGAACAUGAAUUCAAAAUUUUGGGCAAUGUUGUGCCGCGACCCACUAAACUAGAUGCUAAUUUGGCGCAAGAGCUCAAGGCAGUAGCGAGUCCAAGUGAUGGCUUUCAAACGGUUAUAGGCAAGACUUAUUGCGCCGAUGACUUCUAUGAAGGACAAGGCCGUUUGGAUGGUGCAUUUUGUGAUUACCAAGAAGCGGACAAGAUGAGAUGGCUAAAUAUGCUGCAGCAAAGAGGUGUGGUAAACAUAGAAAUGGAGAGCUCCAUGUUUGCAGCGCUGACCCACAAUGCCGGCCUUAAAGCAGGUAUAAUCUGCGCUGCCAUAGUGAACCGGCUCAACGGUGAUCAGAUUACAGAAACUAAAGAGACACUCGGCGAAUGGCAAGAGCGUCCAGCUAAGCUACUAGCUCGUUACAUACGCCGACAGCUGGGUGUUUAGAGGGAGGGUUGUGCUUAAAGCGACUACAGUAGUGGUUUACUUCAUCACCAUACACCAGCAGCUCACAAGCUAGAUCCAAAGCACUCAUAGCAGGCACUUACAAAUUAAAUACGGGAGACGAACACUUUUUGGCAAGAAAUACUAAAUUUUUAGUUAAACAUUGCGACAGGAACAAAAUUUUUAUGUAAAAAGUACGUGGUUCAUACACUGAAGUCAUGACAAAAGCCUGGUCUUGUAGAAACUUGUAUAUAUUUAUAUAUUCUUAGCAGGUUUAUGUCAGGUUUUCAUUGUACGAACCAGAUCCAUAAUAAAAAACGACAUAGCUAAACCUAA